AUGCAGACGACCGACAUUUGGACAGAGGGCAAGACAUGCAAGGUUCUGGUUAAAUUCAGCAAACAUGAUGAGAAAUUUACCAAGGUCGUCCUUUCGAUGACUGGCCUUCCGGAUAAUUGGCUUGGGUACGAACAUAAAGCCGCUUGGACACGCAUCCUGCAUGAGAUUGGUUCCAAGUGUUGGAACAACACCGGCAAAGAAGAUAGGCUCGCAACUGGUUGGGAUGGAUCUGAAGUAACCUAUCCCGAUGCUAAGUGA